AAGGGCGGGCCGCGCCUUGUAGAACGGGCCUCCGCUGUGCCGAAAAAAUGCUACCAAUCAGCGAUUUCACUCUUGAUAUCUAAACAGCAAGGGUUCUACUCAGCUAUCAAACGAAAAAUCCCAAUAUAAUUUGAGACGUAACCUAAUUCCCAAAUCCUCUUCCAAUGGCCGCAGCAAUCAGCCUCCGCAAAGGCAACACCCGCCUCCCGCCCGAGGUGAACCGCGUGCUCUACGUGCGGAACCUUCCGUUCAACAUCACGAGCGAGGAGAUGUACGACAUCUUCGGCAAGUACGGCGCGAUACGGCAGAUCCGCAUUGGCACGAACAAGGACACUCGCGGCACCGCCUUCGUUGUGUACGAGGAUAUCUAUGACGCCAAGACCGCCGUCGACCACCUCUCCGGCUUCAACGUCGCGAACCGGUACCUGAUCGUCCUCUACUACCAGCAGGCGAAGAUGGGGAAGAAGUUCGAUCAGAAGAAGAAGGAGGAAGAAAUUCAGAAGCUCCAGGAGAAGUACGGCAUCUCUACGCCGAAAGAUAAGUAGUUCGUUCCUUCGUUCCUCUGCUUUCUCAACAUCUUCUGUAGAAAAUAGUUUGUGGUUACAUUGGAAAAUGUUCGAAAUAUGAGUUUGUGGUGCUACUAAAUUACUAAUUGGAAGCUCGAACAGCUAAUUGAUGCUGAUUUCGCUUUGUUAGUCUAUCUUUUUCAUGUUAACGAUACAUGAGUUUGUGUUCUCGCAAGUUUUACAUUGAUAAAUCUCUGUUCACGGGUA